CAUUUCCCAGCAGGCAGCGCGCGCUUCACGCUACGAGGUGCAUGUGCACUUUGGGUCGCUUAAGCUCGUCCCAAGAUGGCGGCGCCAGCAGCCGGAAGUAGGAGACGUCCACUUGGAGCCAUUAAUGGAUGUUGCGCUUUCCAGAGCAGGAAGAGCUAAAAGGACAGGCCUCUCUGCUCCUCGACUCUUUUCAUGAUAGAAAAAGUUUACCUCAGUCUGCAAGAGGAGUGGGAAAUGGAGCCAGGGUUAACCCAGGGAGCUGCAUAGCUUUAGUUCAAGGGAGCUCAGUCUCAGUAAAAGAUGGGUGUUCAAGGGCUUUGGAAGCUGUUGGAGUGCUCUGGAAGACCUAUAAACCCAGAAUCUCUGGAAGGGAAGAUCCUUGCUGUUGAUAUCAGCAUUUGGUUGAAUCAAGCUGUUAAAGGAGCAAGGGACCGUCACGGAAAUUCUAUUCCCAAUGCCCAUCUCCUCACUUUGUUCCAUCGACUUUGUAAACUUUUGUUCUUUCGGAUCCGCCCUGUUUUUGUUUUUGAUGGAGAAGCACCCCUUUUGAAGAUGCAGACUCUGGCUAGGCGAAGACAGCGGAAAGAAGUUGCAGCCACAGACUCCAAGAAAACUACAGAAAAACUUUUGAAAACUUUCCUGAAACGGCAAGCUAUCAAAAGUGCUUUGGCAGGCAAGAGUACUGCUGAAUUCCCUAGCCUUUCAGAAAUAAGAAGAGAAGAAGUAGAUGAUAUUUAUGUAUUGCCUUCCUUACAAGAAGACAGAAAAAAUAGCUCAGAAGAAGAAGAUGAAAAAGAAUGGGAGGAGCGAAUGACCCAGAAAAAGAUAUUGCAAGAAGAAUUAAUUGAAAACCCUCAUUCUGUAGAUGUUGAAUCAGAAGAUUUUCAGAGCCUGCCAGCUGAGGUAAAACAUGAGAUCCUCAGUGACAUGAAGGAAUUCACAAAACGCAGAAGAACGUUAUUUGAGACAAUGCCUGAGGAGUCCAAUGACUUCUCCCAGUACCAGCUAAAAGGAUUGCUUAAGAAAAGCAGCUUAAAUCGGCACAUAGAAAAGGUGGAGAAGGAGAUGAAUGAACAGCAUGCAGGUGAUAUUCAGAGUCGGUAUGAAGAAGACGGGGGCUUCUUGAAAGAAGUGGAAACUAAGAGGGUUGUGUCUGAAGACACCUCUCACUACAUCCUCAUAAAAGGUAUCCAGUCCAAAAGAGAGGUUUCCAGAGAUUUGGCAACAGCAUCUGCAAGCCAGUCUUCCAUGCCUGAAGAUACAAAGCCUAGUCUGAAUGCUUCCCAAACCCUGGUUAAUGUCAGCUCAUCUUCAUAUGUCCCCUCAAAGACUGAGUCAAUGAGCAGCACAUAUCCCGCGCCUCCUUCUCCCAGAACAGUUCUUGCAAUCCAGACAGCUAUGCUGGGAAGCAGUUCAGAGGACGAGCUAGAAGAUAAAAACAAAAACCAGUCAGAUUUGGCUAAACAAAAAUCUGACCCUAGUAUAGAUGCAAGCAAUGUUUCACCAAGAACAUUAAGGGCUAUUCAGAAAGCUUUAUAUGAGGAGGAAGACGACGAGGACAUUAGGCCAUCUUUUACCAGCAACGUUGGUAGUAGUCAAGAAGAGACACCUUCUGUGAAGGACCUUCUUGCCAACAGCUCAGAUGAGGAGAGCCAGGUACCUGAAGGCCAGAGUGGAAAGGAACUUCCAUUUUUACCUACAGGGCAAUCUGAAUAUACAAACAUUAACCAAGAGAAGCAAGUGGACCAAAGAAAUUGUGUGUUGGGCAAGGAUCAGAGUGUUCCUGAAAGCCCUUGUAGCCUUUUUGUGGAAAAAGGAAUUUCUUCUGUUUCAGAUGACAAAGAAAAAGGGGUGGAAAUGCGGUCUUCCAAAAUAGAUGUAAGUUAUAUUCAAAGUGAGAGCACAAGCAGUGACAUGCAGCAACCAAUAAGAUCUUCAACAGACACUCCACAAGUAGCCCGUAUGCAUUCACAUUUGGCAGAAAUAAUCCAAAAUGGCAAAGUUGAACAGUUAAGGGAGUUGGUUCACCAGCCAGGACAAAGUGCUUCUGUUGUGCAACACGAAUGUUCCUUUACUUCAGAAAUAGCAAAGAUGUGUGAAGAAAAAGUGGAAGCUCCAUCACAGUCUGAAGAAAGUGAAUCUGAUGGUAGCUUCAUUGAAGUGGAUGCUGAGCGAAGUGAAGAAUUUCAGGAUGAAACGCAUGGGAUGUCUCUCACCUCAUCCGAUCAAAUGGAGGAAGCGAUGGCCAAAGCUGCAUUGGAUAUAAGAGGAGGGAGUGAUGGCAGCAUGGAAAGCCUAGCAGAAUAUUCUGGUGAAGAUGUAGAGAUACAGCAGGAGGCAGAAAUCAAAGACAAGGAGGAUGCUACAGUUAACGAGUGGCAAGAUAUUAGCAUGGAGGAAUUGGAAGUCUUGGAAAAGAACCUUUCUGUUGAACAAAACACACUUCAUGUUCAGAAAAAACAGCAGGAACGUAUAGCUGCCACUGUCACAGGACAGAUGUUUUUAGAAAGUCAGGAACUACUGCGUCUCUUUGGCAUCCCAUACAUUGAAGCCCCUAUGGAAGCAGAGGCUCAGUGUGCCAUCUUGGACCUCACUGAUCAGACUUCUGGGACAAUCACAGAUGACAGUGAUAUUUGGUUAUUUGGAGCACGACAUGUGUAUAAGAACUUCUUCAGUCAAAACAAGUAUGUGGAGUAUUACCAGUAUGUGGAUUUUCAGAAUCAAUUGGGCUUGGAUCGAAACAAGUUAAUUAAUUUGGCCUAUCUCCUUGGCAGUGAUUACACAGAAGGCAUUCCUAAUGUUGGCUAUGUAACAGCAAUGGAGAUUUUGAAUGAAUUCCCUGGACGAGGACUGGAACCUCUCUUAAAACUUACGGAUUGGUGGGCUGAAGCUCAGACGUGUAAGAAAACACAGCCUAACCCGUAUGAUACUAAAGUGAAGAAAAAAUUGCGGCAGUUGCAACUUACACCUGGUUUUCCAAACCCUGCAGUAGCAGAAGCAUACCUGCAUCCUGUGGUGGAUGAAUCCAAGGGAUCAUUUGUUUGGGGAAGACCUGACUUGGAACAGAUCAGAGAAUUUUGCCAGAGCCAUUUUGGCUGGACAAAGUUAAAAACAGAUGAAGUUUUGCUGCCUGUUCUCAAACAGCUGAAUGCUCAACAGACUCAACUCCGUAUUGACUCAUUCUUCAGGCUUGCACAGCAAGAGAAGCAAGCCAUCAAGAGUCAAAGGGUUCGUAGGGCUGUGACUUGUAUGAAGAGGAAAGAGAAGGAAGAAGAGGAAACUGAAGUCCUGCAGGCUACUGCAAUCAUAGAGGAAGAAUUUAAGAAGAGGAAAAGAAAGAAACCCAGACAAGAUGCAGAGCAAGAAACAGGUGUAAUACAGAGCCACCAAGGCAAGAGGAUAAAGCACUCCUCACAUACAAAUCAGAGUUUUUUUGGGGGAGGCUUCAUAGGGGAGAUUCAGCUCUCAGAGGCAUCUAGUGGAUCAUCAGCUGAAGAUCUGGAGAAUGAAAUCUUGAAUAGCUGCAAGAGAGAGAAAACAGCUGAGAUGCUUAAAACUGACACAGCAAGUCACAAAACAAAUCUGGGACUUGAACUAACAAGGGAUGAAGCUGGGAGUAGCAGCUCUAGUGAGGAGGAAAAAAUGCCAAUGGUGAGAGCCAGGCCUGUUUUUGAGGGGAGAAAAGCAAGGAGCAAGUCUUCCAGGGGAAGACGUAGGAAAUAAUGUUAGCUAGAAACAUUAUUUAAAAUAAAUAAAUAAAUGGUAAGCAGUGCAAUGUAAUCUUCAGUAAGAAUUAUUUUGCUUUUUGUAUAUAUUAUAACUACUUACUUCCAUCAGCGAAAUGUUAGCAAGCUUGAGCUGAAACUAAAAAAAUUCUUUAAGAAGAUACUAGUUUUUCCACCCUCAAUAGAGCUUCCAAAUGUGUGUAUGUGAAUUUGUCUCCAUCAGGAAUUUCUGAAGGUGAUUUGUGCUGUAUUAUGUUUUUCAUAAAUGAACUGAAAUUGUUUUAUAAUGUCGCCUGUCAUUCAGCUUCACACUUCAUGAAAUGUGAUAAGAGGCAUGCCAUACAAGGUUUCUGCAUACUGCUAGAAGAAAGUAUUUUGGCCAGCUUCAGUUUCUUCAUGUUGUUGUUUGCCUGUUUUCAAGAUCAAUUAAUUGUAGUAUUCAGUACAAAAGGAAAGGCACUGGUGAUCAUUCUUUGGCUAUAAAAAUGGAAGUUAUCUUAAUGAAUGGCAACAAGUAAAGCUGAGGCGACAAGAAUAAAAACAUGGAUUUAAAUUUCCCUUACUGUAACAAAGUGCUGAGAUUACCUAGAUGUGCUAGAUUCACAGACAGUGCAUUCAGACUGUGUGAUGAAGUGAAUUAUGUCAAUCUGGUGUCUUUCCUUCGUUUUGCUCAAAUAGAACAUACUACUGGACACUAUUUUAACAGGCAGAAAAAUGCAGAAAAACAUUUUGUUCUUUCUGCCAAGGUGAUGAGAUGUCCAGCAGGCUCCCCCCUCAAAAAAACCCCGUUCCACUCUGACUUCCAAGAAAAAUGUGUGUCAAAAAGCAAUGUACAGCUGACUUGUGAUGUCAUUCACACAAAGUGGACCAGAUGAUUUUUGUAAUCACAAGAAAGCAGCACCUUGCAGAAGAGGAGCAAUCAAAAUGUCUGGGAGGCUGUAGCAGGUCUCCCAUUAGGAGAAAUGCAGCAUUUAGGGCCGAUCAGAAACGGCAAGUCAAUGGUUGUAAUUUAGUGGAGCUGUUUAAUAAUAUGCAUGUUGUGGAGAACAUACUAGAAUCUAGGGUUAUCCAAUGAAGCUGAAGACCAGGAGAUACAGAUCAAACCUAAGGAAGCACUUGCGUAGUAAAUUGCUAAAACACAAAUUUACUACCUCAGGGUGUAGUGGGUACAAUAGUAAACCACUGGAACAGAUUGCAGCAAAUGUGAAUGGGGAAUUUAACUCUUUCCUCCUUGUUUAAGUUCUUAGGAAAGGGCUUCAGUUCAAGCUGCUGUUUGUAUCGGGAGGACAUCCUUUUUGCUGUGAAUGUAAUGUUAUACCUGCUUUUAACCAGCUUUGAGCUGAUUUUCUUCACCAAAUAAGAUCUUUUAAUAGUCCUUCUAAGCUGAAAAGCUUUUGCUGUUUUAAUAUUUUAGCAUAUGAAAAUCCAAACCACAUACACACAUAUAUAUAACGUUGGCAAGAAAUAAUCUUCUGAGGAUGAACUCUGAAGGUGACUUCCAAAAGAUCUGCCCUAUCGUUCUGAUUAGUGUAGUGUUUCAUAACAGUAACAAAUCCAUCCUUUCAGGCAUGAAAUUUUAUAGACCGUAUCCCAUCUCACCAGCUAUGUCUCUGCUGCUGAGUACAGUCCAAUCCUGGUACUUUCUAAAGUCACUGGAAAGAUGUUAUGAGUGACUUGUAUAACCUUUGCAUUUGUAGUUUGCUCCUUUUUCAAUCCCUGAAUUAAAAAAAUUCAGGGAGCACCCUUAUUUAGAAAACGUUAUGCAAUUCUUGGUUUGACUUGGAGAUGAAACACAGGUACUUUUAGUUGUUAGAACAUGCUCAUUCAUGUGUGUGAAUGAGAGACCUGAGAACAAAAUGCAGUGCUAAAGGCAACAUUGUGGAUUGUGGGAGCUAGUGUAAAACAUCUGUGGAACAGAUGUUUUUGUGAGGGAUUGUAGUUACAUAGGCACUGAAUUGUCUUAUUUGAUCAGAGCCAUUAAUUAAGACCCCCCUGAAAUUCCCCCAGAUGACAGUAGUAGUGACUACUACUGUGUUUCUAAUCCAAACUAGGUCACUGCUAGUACCUUAAGAUAUUUCAGGAGAUGGCAAUAGCUGCCUUGUGGUACUAAAACAGCCUGUUAAACCGUGGUGGGAGAACCUGGGCCCUGCCAGAUGUUUACAAACUUAUUACUCUGCAUUGGCCAGGCUUGUUGGUGCUAAUGGAAACGGGUCCUGUUUCAUUAGGUGGACCAAAAGUUCCCAAUCUAUAUGGUAGAUGCUGAUGUUCAUUGGUUACAUGGAGCAGGCAACAGUAGAAGCACAAACUCUGGCAAGUCGAUCAGUUGCUGUAGAUGGUGAUGGUGGUUUGGGUGUGUACUUGUGGUUAGAAUUACAGAACCUAGUCAGUUGAUACAGAUGUUACUCUAGCAUCUAAAUGGACUCAUGCUGCAUACUUGUAGAAUUAGAGUUUUUUAUAGCUCUCCCUGAGGAAAAUGUAUAUUUAUCCUCAAAGUAGUGAAAAUGCUUUCAUACUAGCUCCUCUCUACCUCGGGGUUCAGUCAUAAAUAUAUUUCUAUGUUGUACAGGGAUGGGUAAUGACACAAGGUGUGAGGAUUGCACAUUCCCCUCACAUGACAUCAAAUUAUUGCCAGCAUCACAAAUUUGAAACAUAAAAUACCCUGCCAUGCUUUGCAGCUGUAACCCAGGAUCCAGCCCUCAGUCACUGAUCCUUGAGAUCAAACCAAUAUAUAUGUAAAAGGAGGAUGCUGGCAAGCAGCUAAAAGGGGGCACCACAGUACAGGAAACCAGCUAUACCAUAUUGGGACAUUCAGGUGGGUCAGCAUGGGAGAAGCCCAGAAGAUGUAGCCAUGAUGGAAUCUCUUCUCAUAGUUUUUUGUGGGUUUUUGGGCUAUAUGGCCGAAUUCUAGAAGAAUUUGUUCCUGACGUUCUGCUUGCAUCUGUGGCAGGCAUCUUCAGAUAAUGACAUAGCCUGAAAAAACCACAAAAAACAGGGAGUUUCCUUCUGGGAUUGAAACUUUUUGUCUGAGGACAUUCAUACCGAUUAUCCAGAUGUCCAUUCUACUCCCCUGGGGAAGUCGCUAAGACUUUCCACUCCUGAAAUACUGCCCUCAGGACAUGAUUCGUGCUAUAAAUACAUGUGCCUAGACAAUAGCAAAUUGGCCUAGUUUGAAGCCAGACAAAAUUUAUUUUCGAUUUCAGCUGGACACCAGUAGCCAGCCACCCCCUGUAUUGCCAUCCUCAUUCUGGUAACCCUGCAGUUGGAGCUAUGCUUUGGAUUGGUACAGUACAGUGGGCCCUCCUUAUCUGUGGACUUGCCAUCUGUGGAUCUCAGUAUCUGUUGCAGCAGCCGCUGCCACUGCUGCCAUCCUCUUCCUCUUAGCACUCCUCCUAACAGUCCUCAUUGUCCUCCUCGUUGUCUUCUUCCUAGCAGUCCGUCUGGUUGUCAUCCUCCUUGCAAAAGCUGCUGCCCCUUGAGAAGAACAUUCUGCCAACUGCAGCAUGGCCCCUCACAGCCCUGAGGAUAACUGCCCCAAUCGGCAGACGUUACACUCAGGCGGCAACAGCAAUUGCAAGGAUGAGGAGGAGGAGGACGAUGACCAGAACUGCUAGGAGGAGGAAGAGGAAGGCAGGGGCAGCAGCAAUUGUGAAGAGGAGGAGAAAGGGGAUGAUGAGAAGGACUGCAACAAGGAGGAGGAAGGUGAUGGUGGCAGCAGCACCAAACUGGAUAGGAACUUGAGCAUCUGUAUUUUUGGUGGGUCCAGAAUGGAUCUCCCAUGGAUACCAAGGUCCCACUGUAUUUCCUCUUAGUCAUCCUGCAGUUCACUUCACUGUUACUUACUACCUUUGCAUUGUUAGUUCUUGUGUGUGUAAGAGAAAUUGUGCUUGUGAAUAUGAAUUCCUUGUUUUAAAUAAACUAAAUUAAUUUGGA